CUUGCCGCUGGCUUUAGUGUAGUACGUACUCCACCGAAAUCGCGGGUACCCACCAUUAUGGACAGCCGAGGCUAUGGAUCAGGAUACUCCAGUUGGGGAGGCGGAGGAUCAGGCAACAGAGGCUCUGGUGGUUAUGACUCAUAUGGCGGAGGUUACAAAGACUCAAUGUCAGGCCUCGGGGGAUAUGGAGGAGGUAGUGGAAUGAUGAAGAGGGGUCUCUCCGGUGGCUCCCUACUCUCAUCCUCAGCCUCAGAUGACGUUAUUGCGAAAAUUAAUCAACGCCUGGACAUGCUUACUCAGCUCGAAGGAGGGAUGAAGGGAAGUCGUGAUAGGUUUGACCAGUACGAGUCAUUCGACUCGCGUCCUUCCUCUCUCACCUCUUCCCGAGAUCUCUACAGAUCUGGCAGCAGCGGUAGCUAUGGUUACGGCGAGGGCCGGGGGGACCACAUGCUGUUGGGUCAGCGCGGAGGCUCAGGCUACGGAGUUGGGCUAGGGGGAGGAGGAGGCUUCGACAGCCACUCCUCGUCCUACGGAGUCGCUAAAAUGCGACAGAAUAUGAGAGAGUCCUUCACCAGUGGCCAGGGAGGAGGUUCAGGAGGUGGAGGAUGGGCCGGAGCAGGCCGACGUUCCCCCAGAAGGGGUGGAAGUUCCGGAGGCCGAGGAGCUGGAGGAGGGUUUGGAAGCCGCAGGUCUGACCCCACUCCCUUAGGAGGAGGGCGGGGAGGUGGUAGUGGUGGCCACUCCCACCGUGGCCACUCUCCAGGAGGUGGUAGAGGCAAGCUCCCAUCCCUCCUGUCCAGCCGCAUGUACCCUGAGAGUGGGGGUUUCCAUCAGGGUUCCGCCCAAGGGCCUCACGACUUCCCUGGGAGGCAUUUUGGAGGGGGCCCACGUGCUGGCCGCCAGCGAGGCCGCAAGAGACCACUGAAUCGACAAGUAAAGCCUCAACGUGAUGGUCAGAAGAAGAGGAAGCAGACAUUGACUGCGGCUGAUGAGCCAGAGUCUAAGAUGAAUAAGACAGAGGCUGCAGGGACAGAAGAUACCCAAGUGCCAGCAGAGAAAAAUGGUGACGCAAGUGAGGCAAAGACUCCAGCUGCUGACACAAAACCUGCAGCGGGUGGAGAGAAAGCUCCAUCUGUACAGGAAGAGAACUCCCAGUCAAAAAAGAGUCCACAGGCCAAACAGACCCAGGCCCAAGGCCAGGACAAGCAUACCAAACCAAGGAAGAGGAGGGGCUUCCUGGAAAGGUCAGGAGGCAAACAAAACCUUCAGAGGGUGACGUAUGCAUGCUCAGUGUGCAAGUUCCGCUCAUUCUACAGAGAAGAUAUGACUGCUCACCUUGAGAGCCGCUUCCACAAGGACCACUUCAAGUUUCUGUCCGGCCAGCUUUCCAAGCCAACCACUGACUUCCUACAGGAAUACUUGCUGAACAAGUACAAGAAGACUGAGCAGAGAACCAGUCAGUUAGAAAACCACAGUGCUGCCAUCUGCCAGGUCUACAAGGACCAGGACCUCACCAGGGAUGUUGGUAUGGAGCACUUCAUGAGGAAGGUAGAGGCAGCCCAUUGUGCAGCGUGUGACCUUUUCAUUCCCAUGCAACACCACCUGAUUCAGAAACAUAUCAAAUCACCUGACCACAACUACAACCGCAAGGGUAUGAUGGAACAGUCGAAGAGAGCCAGUCUGUCAGUUGCUCGCAGCAUCCUUAACCACAAAGUAAUUGGCAAGAAACUGGAAAGUUAUCUCAAGGGCGAGAACCCUUUUACUGGUGCUCAAGACGAUCAGGAUCCUGAGGAUUCAAUGGUAAUGGAGGUGUCAGAGAUGGAGGUAACCAAUGACAACGAGACCGAGGCGGACCCAUCAAAGGAGGAACCCGUGCCUGAGGGAGAGACGGGUCAAGAAGCAGUUGAGGAUGAUGGGACAGCGGAGGAGAAAAUGGAAGAGGAGCUAGCAUUAGAAGGAGAUGAAGAGGAGGAAGAAGGUUUUGAGGUCGGAGAUGGUGAUGAGGAGGAAUAUGUGGUUGAUGAGAUUGUUGAAGAGGGAGUACAGGGUGUGCUGGAAGAUGAGGAGGAUGAGGGAAUAGAGGCAACAGUGGCAGAGGAAAUAGAGGCAACAGUGGCAGAGGGAGUAGAGGCAACAGUGGCACAGGGAGUAGAGGCGGCAGAGGGAGUAGAAGCAACAGUGGCAGGGGGAGAAGAGGCAACAGUGGCAGAGGAAAAGAGUGAUGAUGCUAACAAUGGGGUUACUCCCACAGUGUGAUUUCUUGACCUUAAUCUGUCUGGACCAGUAAUGCCCCACUCCCCCCUUUGACAGUCCCACAAUCCUCAUUCUGUCACCAUCAAUGUUCGGUUCAGAUACAUGUCCUCCCCAGGUUUCACAAACUAUAAACCUGAAUAUAUGUAUACUUUUGUUUAUAUUUUUAUUUUUGUGGUUCCUAUGUUGAAAAUGUUUUGAGCUUGAUUUUAAUUGAAGUUGUUCGAGAUAAUGCAACAAUGUUAGUUAUUAGGAUUCGUUUUCUUUCUUGUCUGUAGGUCCAGUUUAAGAAUUUUUUCAUUAUGAAUUAGUAGUGAAAUUCCAACUCAAUGUGGGCUUUUAAUUCAGUGGGUGGGGUGAAACAGAUUUAAAAAAAAAAGUCCAUUGUUUUGUGGGAUACAUGUCAUUGUCAGUAACAAAUGGAUGUUCGUUACUCUCAAAAAUAAACUUGCUCAAUAUAAUCAACAUCAUCUCGUUCAGUUUUCUGUAUUUGAGUUUAACUUUUGUUUGAGAUUUUGUAGACUUGCAAUUUGUUAAAAAGACCGCAAAAGUUAAGUUUGUGAGUGUAAUGUAUUGUUACAUUUAGUCAUAUUGCUGGCAUGUUUAACCUGGCAAAAUAAAAUCGAUUCUAAUAUC